ACAGCUCCUGUGGCCCCAGGUUCUGCGGGCGUUGAGGGGUCCCCGGUGCCCCCCUCGUUUAGCUGGCAGCAGAGAGGGGGGAGCUGUGUGCGUCACUGCUGGGCUCACAGACAUCUGCGCCGUCGUCCUGGAGGAAGGAAAGGCUGGAGAGGCAGCGAGAGAGGGAGGACAACAGGUCGUAUUGCCCCGGCACUGGGGGAGAUCCCGGGGGAUGACCGGCUGGUAACCGCCACUGGCAGGAAACAUGAUUCCAGUAACAGAAUUCCGUCAGUUUUCCGAGCAGCAGCCGGCGUUCCGUGUCCUGAAGCCUUGGUGGGACGUAUUCACAGAUUAUCUGUCGGUGGCUAUGCUUAUGAUAGGUGUGUUUGGUUGCACAUUACAAGUUAUGCAAGACAAAAUAAUUUGUCUCCCAAAGAGAGUACAUCCAACUCAAAACGCAUCUUUGUAUAACACGUCCAAUCCGGCGGCAUCUAAUUUUCUUCUUCAUUCUCCCAAACCAUCCGUUGCUUCUGAGACUGUGGAAAUGAAAGGGCUAAAGACUGACUUAGACCUUCAGCAAUACAGCUUCAUAAACCAAAUGUGCUAUGAACGUGCGCUGCACUGGUAUGCCAAAUAUUUUCCUUAUUUAGUUCUCAUUCACACACUCAUUUUCAUGCUUUGUAGCAACUUUUGGUUUAAAUUUCCUGGAUCGAGUUCAAAGAUUGAGCAUUUUAUUUCUAUACUGGGAAAGUGUUUUGAAUCUCCAUGGACAACGAGGGCACUGUCUGAAGUGUCUGGAGAAGAACCAGAAGAAAAGGAUAAUAGAAAGAAUAAUUUAAAUAAAGUUAUAACCAAUCCUUCCUCCAUCGAGAAUCCUCUGGUAAAAACACAGUCUCUGAAAUCCAUUCCAGAGAAGUUCAUUGUGGACAAAACUACAGCAGGAGCCUUGGACAAAAAGGAAGGAGAACAGGCCAAAGCUUUGUUUGAGAAGGUGAAAAAAUUCCGACUUCACGUAGAAGAAAGAGAUUUGCUUUAUUCUAUGUAUGUGCGUCAAACCAUUCUGAAGGUAUUCAAGUUUUUGUUCAUUAUUGGCUAUAACAGUGCAUUAGUUUCAGAAGUACAGUUUACCGUGGACUGUGACGUUGACAUACAAGACAUGACCGGAUAUAAGAAUUUUUCAUGUAAUCAUACAAUGGCUCACCUCUUCUCUAAGCUUUCUUUUUGCUACCUGUUUUUUGUUGGUGUGUAUGGAUUUGUAUGUCUAUAUACGUUAUACUGGCUAUUCUAUCGCUCCUUAAAAGAGUAUUCGUUUGAAUAUGUUCGUCAAGAAACUGGAAUUGACGACAUCCCAGAUGUCAAAAAUGAUUUUGCUUUCAUGUUCCACAUGAUAGACCAAUAUGAUCCGUUAUACUCAAAAAGGUUUGCCGUUUUCCUCUCUGAAGUCAGCGAAAAUAAGCUGAAACAACUGAACUUAAACAACGAGUGGACCGCUGAUAAGCUUAAACAAAGGUUACAAACAAAUGCCUAUAACCGAUUGGAGCUACAGUUGUUUAUGUUAUCGGGCCUUCCAGAUACCGUGUUUGAAAUAACAGAACUGCAAUCUCUAAAGCUGGAAAUUAUAAAUAAUGUUAUGAUACCAGCAACUAUCGCCCAACUUGACAAUCUUCAAGAGUUGUCCUUGUAUCAGUGCUCUGUGAAAAUUCACUCUGCGGCCUUGGCAUUUCUAAAAGAGAACCUUAAGAUUUUAAGAGUUAAAUUUGAUGAUGUUCGAGAGCUUCCCCCGUGGAUGUACAGUCUGAGAAACCUGGAGGAGCUGUGUCUGAUGGGUACAUUAAGCCCAGAUAUAUCAAAAAAUAUUACACUUGAAUCAUUUCGUGAGCUAAAAAGCCUUAAAAGCCUUUUUAUAAAGAGUAAUUUAUCCAAAAUUCCCCCAGGUGCUGUUGAUGUUUCCAGUCAUCUGCAAAAAUUAUGUAUCCAUAAUGAUGGAACUAAGCUAGUGAUGUUGAAUAAUCUGAAAAAAAUGAUCAACUUGACGGAGUUAGAGCUUGUUCACUGUGAUUUGGAGCGUAUACCUCACGCGAUUUUCAGUCUGUCAGCUCUUCAAGAAUUAGACCUUAAAGAAAAUAAUCUCAAGUCCAUAGAAGAGAUCCUUAGCUUCCAACAUUUGCGUAAACUUACUAUCUUAAAGUUGUGGCAUAACAGUAUUACAUAUAUUCCAGAACACAUAAAAAAACUAACAAGCUUAGAACGACUUUAUUUUAGCCACAAUAAGAUAGAAGUUCUCCCAUCCCAUUUAUUCCUUUGUAACAAACUGCGUUACCUAGACUUAUCUUAUAAUGACAUUCGUUUCAUUCCGCCUGAAAUCGGAGUGCUCCAAAGUUUACAGUAUUUUUCUAUAUCUUGUAACAAAGUGGAAAGCGUGCCAGAUGAACUGUACUUUUGCAAGAAGCUAAAGACUUUAAAACUUGGAAAAAAUAACUUAUGUUCCCUCUCGCCAAAAAUUGGAAAUUUGGUGUUCCUAACUCAUUUGGAUGUCAAGGGAAAUCACUUUGAGGUAUUGCCGCCUGAACUUGGGGACUGCCGGGCGCUAAAAAAAAGUGGCCUUAUUGUAGAAGCAACAUUGUUUGAGACACUUCCAUCUGAUAUAAGGGAACAAAUGACAUCAGAAUAAUCGCCCAUGCAAAAAAUUCUUAAACGGGACAUGAAACUCCAAAUUUGUCUUUCAAGAUUGAGACAGAGCACGCGAUUUUAAAAAAGUUACCAAUUUAAAUCUAGUAUCUAAUUUGCUUUAUUCUCUUGGAAUCUUUUGUUAAAAAACAUUCCUUGGUAGGCUCAGCUGCAACAAUGCAUCACUGUGGACUAGCUGCUGAUUGGUGGCUGCCUAUAUAUGCCUCUUGUUAUUGGCUCACUUGAUGUGUUCAGCUAGCUGCCAGCAGUGCAUUGCUGCACCUUCAACAAAGGAUACUAAGAGAACAAAGCAAAUAUGAUAAAAGAAGUAAAUUGGAAAGUUGUUUAAAAUGGUAUGUUCCAUCUGAAUCUUGAAAGAAAAUGUUGGGUUUUGUGUCCCUUUAAUUGAGGGCAUUAUUUAGCUGAUAAUGUAAAUACUGACUGCCUUGCCCUGCACUAUAGUUCUCAGAGUUAAAAAACUAUAAACAAUAUGACCUAAUUUCCAUUGCUGUUAUAAACUGUUGGUCUAUGGAGAUGUUUUAUGUCAUAAUCAGUUUGUGUAGUUUAGAACAGCAAUGGAAACUAAGACCAUGUAUUUGAAAUGAACUUAUAUAUUUUUAUCAUGUAAAACAAAUACAAUUUUAAAUACUCAGGUACUAAGGCUGCAUUUUUAGAGAAGCAAUCUCAUUUUGAUAAUACAAUAUACAGAUUAUUUGCUUUUUUAUUUGUUUUGUUUUUUUAUUUCUAGGACCAACCAAAUUAAUUUUACACAUUAUUUUAACGUUAUUCACACCAACCUUAAAGGGACAUAAAACAAGUUGAGAUGGAGACAAAAUAUAAUAAUAUGUACUUUAUUUACUUUACCUGCAAAUUUAUACUGCAGUGCCUCACCAUUAACCCUUUCACACAAUUCAUUUAAUGGCUGUAUUUAUAUCUACCUUUGCUUUUUGUAGAAUGCAGACUUUAACACUCAUUAUCUGCUGGAGCAUGCCUCGAAGCAAAUAAGCACAAUGCCUGUGUUUCUGUAGAUAAACACUGAUAAGGGGCGGUGGAUCAGACUACUCCAGACAGCAUGGCUAUGUAGCUAAUUUUGCUUAUUUUUUUAAAUACUUGCCAGCAGUUUUUAAACAAUUUUUUUUAUGCAAACUAUUUUUACUUAAUUAGCCCUUUUAGAAUUAUGCACAGAUCUCAACAUGUUUUAUGGCACUUAAAUUAAAAAUUAUAACUCUAUAUUUGGAAAAUGAUUAUGAAAAUAUGUUAGUUUUUGAGAAUAAUUUUAUGGAUAUAUCUCACUGAAAUCAGUUUAAAGUGAUGGUAGAUCAUAGAGUUUGUGAAACGCUAGGAUUUACCAGUGCUACAAAUAAUAUAGUAGUAUAAAUAACUUCACGCUGAAAGUUCAUUUAUUUGCCUUCAGCUGAGCAUCUCAGCCUCUCACGGCAGAACGUUAUUUUAUUAAUGAGGUGACAUUUCCACCUCUUAGCCAAUAGCUAUGCUGGCCAAUUGGCAUUAUGCUAGAUAGCUAGCACGCUAUUGGCUAACCACCUCAUUGAUAAAAUAGUGUUCUGCUGUGGGCGGCCUGAGGCGCUCAGCACGGCAUACGCUACAGGCAAAUAAAGGAACUUUAAGCAUUAGGUUUUUUACACUUCAUGACUGAAAGUCCCCUUUAUUUAUAGCACUGGUAAACCCUUGCGUUUCAAAAAUGCAACACUAAGGGAUAUAUUUUCAUUCCAGCAUUAAGACAUACAAUUUAACAAUAUCAAAAAAGGAGACAACGCUCUUAUCUUGGUUCAUUGGAUUCCCAGGAAUCUAAAAAAUAUUUUGUCAUAAAUGCCUUGACUGUGGGUGGUACAGUGUUUAGCAAAUAUAACCUGUAAAUAUGAGUUAACAUAAAAAUUAAAUUAAAUAUGUCUGAGAUACAGUUUCAUGUUUUGAUUUGUAUCAUGAGCAAUUCUUAUAAUAAAGCUUGUUUGGAAAAAAAAAAUUGCAUGUACUAUCUGAAUCAUGAGAUUUUAGGGCCGAUUUAUCAUCUGUCCAACAUGAUCCGCUCAGCGGAUCAUGUACGACAGACAUCAAUAAAUGCCGACAGCAUAUGCUGUCGGCAUUUAUCAUUGCACAAGCAGUUCUUGUAAACUGCUUGUGCAAUGUCGCCCCCUGAAGAUACUGGCCGCUAGCAGGGGGUGUCAAUCAUCCUAAUCGUAUCUGAUCGGGAUGAUCUCAGUCCGCCACCUGAAAGGAUUUAAAAGGCCAUGGAAGUCAAAAUUACAUUUCCAUGAUUCAGAUAGAAUAUAGCAAUAAAAAAAAAUAUUCAAAUUUACUUUUCAUACCAAAAUGUUAUACUUUCCUCUGCUAUUCUUUGUUGAAACUGUCAAUGAGAGCAUACUGAGGUAGGCGCAGGAGGGUGCGCAUAUCAUCACAUGCACACUCCUGAGCUUACAUCAGUAUGCUCUUAUUCAAACUUUUCCACAAAACAUAUCAAGAGCAAGCUGUAAAUUUGAUAACUUAAAGGGACACUGAACCCCAAUUUUUUCUUUCAUGAUUCAGAUAGAGCAUGACAUUUUAAGCAACUUUCUAAUUUACUCCUAUUAUCAUUUUUUCUUUAUUCUCUUGGUAUCUAUUAUUAUUUGAAAUGCAAGAAUGUAAGUUUAGAUGCCGGCCCAUUUUUGGUGAACAACCUGGGUUGUCCUUGCUGAUUGAUGGAUAAAUUCAUCCACCAAUAAAAAAGUGCUGUCCAGAGUACUGAACUAAAAAAAAAGCUUAGAUGCCUUCUUUUUUAAAUAAAGAUAGCAAAAGAAUGAAGAAAAAAAUGAUAAUAGGAGUAAAUUAGAAAGUUGCUUAAAAUUGCAUGCUCUAUCUGAAUCAUGAAAGAAAAAAUUUGGGUUCAGUGUCCCUUUAAAUAAAACUGGAAAGCUUCUUAAAAGUUGAGCCUCUAUCUAAAUUAAAAAGUUAAACUAAAUUAAAGCUUAAUUCUGACUUCUGUAUCUUUCUAAGAAAUUUGACAGCAAAAUUGUUUUUCUAGAGCAAUAUUCUUGUAUUCCUUAUUAUGUCAAUGUGACACCUAGAUUUGCCACUUUCCUAAAUCUGAGAAUCUGAAAUCCUAAAUAUUACACAGGAUAUGAAUGCUUCUGUGAGAUCUGCCAAUGGAAAUGCAUUAGAUGUCUAAUAUUCUCAUAUUUAUGUAACACUCACAUAUCAAUCAACGUACCAAAAUUCACCAUAAUUCACUGUAAUUUUGUUGCUUUUUUUUACAAAACUGGGAUACUGUUUUUAUUUUGCAAUUGUGAGGCUAAGUAGUUGCCUUUUGUUAAUAUUUUAUUGUAGAUGGUAUAUUAUAAUGUUAUUUUAGAAUUUAAAUCUAGUUUCUACUGGCCAUUAAAUAUUUUUUUUAUUAAAUUGUGCAUGUAAUUUAACAAAAUGUGAUCACCUUUUCUUUAAAUUGUACCCACAAAAUCACAACUUCAACACAGGGACCGAUAAUAAAAAAUAAUUAAUUCAAAAUUGGUCUCUGUGAGUUUAGAAUUUUUUUCUUAGUUUGUAAAGGGUCCAUUACUGCAUGUCAUAACCCUACAAGGGGUCUGGUCUCUACAGAAAGGUAAAUGAGCAGAUUUGUCUUUGAAGUGUUGCUAGGUUACAUUUAAUCUAGCUGUAGUCAGUUUAUUGCCCAGAUGAGUUUUGCUACAAAAGCAUGUGACAGUAGAACUUAACUUCUGUAAUGUCAGCUCCCUUAUCUAGCUGCAGGCAGUGGCUACACUGAGAAUUUAGCAAGUAAGUUGUUUGCUGUUUCUUUAACACAAUUUGCUGCUUUUUGUGUUUCCCUUGAUUUAACAUAUUUGUUUUAUAUGUAUAAAUGGAAAAUGUCCUGCUCUAGAUGCACAUACAACCAAUAUUUAAAGAAAAAGUUGUAAAACUAGCUUGAAAUAUACGCUAAUGUGGGACAAGUGUCCUUUAGGUUAUUUUAGUUUCUUAGAUGUUUAAAGUGAAGGUCAAUUUUGACAAAUUAGUGCCCGGUUUUUAAUAAUCCUAUUAAAAACAAGGGCACUUUAAUUCAUCAAAACUGACAUUUCAAGCGUUUUCUUUAAAAAAUUGACCUUUUAAUCCUGAAAGCCACUCCAUCGAUUCCCCCGGCCAUACGUCAGAAAUGACAAAUCCGGCUUCCUCCAAUCACUGCAUUCCCCGGGGGGAUCAUGGCUGGAGGGAACGCCGUGAUUGGAGGAAGCCGGAUUCGUCAUUUUGGACCUGCGAAGAGGGCUUGCGACAGGCAGAGGAAGCGCUGCAGCGGCUUUCAGGAUUAAAAGGUACGUUUUUGAAGAAAACGCUUAAAAUGUCAAUUUUGAUUCAUUAAAGUGCCCUUGUUUUUAAUAGGAUUAUUAAAAUCCGGGCACUAAUUCGUCAAAAUUGACCUUCACUUUAACUAAAUCUAUAAAUGUAAUUGUAGCUACACUGUCAAUUAUGUGCCAGUGCUUUAUUUUACACUGUAUCUGAUUCAACAGUCCACAUAUUUUUUGUACUUUUUAAAGCUGUUAUUAAUUCUUUUUUUAUUAUUAUUAUUAUUAUUAUUAUUAAACCAGGGUGCCUGUAACUUCUGCAAUAUAAGGAGAAACCAAAUAUUAUGUUACAAAUACAAGUGUGCUGUCUAUAUGACAAAAUAAAUUAUAUGUAUCAACAGAA